CAAUCGUUUUAAAACUAAUGCUGGACUCUCAAGUAAAGCAUCGCUUCGUACAUAAUGUAUAGUCAGGUCUUAUGGAAGGAUGGAGAUAUUGAUUUUUACAAUAGUUGAACUACGCUGUUAUGUAGUAGAUACUUAGUACAUUAUACGUCGUUAAUAAAAAUGUGGCAAGACAAUGAAGUCCGAUUUGAUAUUUCCUACAAUCAAAUGCAAUUGCGAUUGGGAGAGUUCACAGUUGACAAACUGGAUUUAAUAGAAGACACGAAAGGGAACGCAGGUGAUAAUGGGAGGCUCGUAGUGACGAAUCUCAGGAUUCUCUGGCAUUCUCUAUUUCUACCCAGAGUAAAUCUAAGUGUUGGCUUUAAUACUUUUGUCACAGUGAACACUAAAACCGUACACAGCCUCCAAGGGAAACACGUGCAAGCUCUGUAUGUUUUAGCUUCUUUUAGAAAUUGUAGAUAUGAAUUUAUAUUUACAAAUUUAGAUCCGAAGAGUACAAGGCACUAUACAUCUGUUAUUGGUGUCUACAGAGCUUACGUUUCAUCUAAAAUUUAUCGAGAGAUUCGAUUGAGAAGUGGAAUCAUUAACGACAAGCAAUUAACUUUAUUACCACAAGAAGUGGUGCAUUCUACUUCGCAAGAUAUUUGGAAUUUAUCAUUAGAACAGGGGAAUAUUGGAAUCCUGAUCAUAACUAACAUACGUUUAGUAUGGUUCGCUGAUAUGAAUUAUCAAUUCAACAUAUCAAUACCUUAUCUCGUAAUAGCCAACAUUUCUAUAAAGAAUUCUAAGUUCGGGCCUACUUUGGUGAUCACGAGUACAGAAACGAGCGGCGAGUAUGUAUUAGGAUUUCAAAUAAAUCCGAUUCAGAAGCUUCACACCGUCCACAAGGAGAUUUUGAUGAUACUGAAAACGUUCGAGAAGUCUCCUAUAUUCGGUGUCGAUUACACUUUCGAGCAUCAGGCUCCGGUACAACAACGUUUAAACGAAGAACAACAAUCUGAAGUACAAGAGGAGGAAAUUGAGAUUUCGAACGUGUUCGGUUAUUACUUCUCCGAAGGUUUGAAUCAGAGGCGACCGGCGUUCUCGACUUACUUAGGUGUCGCAGCAGAGGAGCCCCGGGAAACCAGCACGUUACAAAGUUUAUGGGAGCUCGUACCUCAGAGUUAAUUAAUGAAAAAUUCAGAAAUAUCACGACUACAUAGAUAACCAUCUGAAAUAAUUAUACGUGCUCGCUGUGCAUCGCUACGUGCGAUUAACAUAAACAUCGAUAGAAUUACACCGUGAAACUUAAUUAGAACUAACUGCUGACAAAAAAAGAACAGAAAUAUAUAAAUUCGAAUGAAAGUUCGUAUGUAGAUCUAGCGUUCACCGAAAUUCAUCUGUCGGCUUAUCAGAAGAUUUAAUUAUUUAAAUAUAUCACUAUAGUCUCCUUCUA